AUGUCCAGGAGAUACGAUUCGAGAACGACAAUCUUUUCUCCCGAAGGAAGGUUGUAUCAAGUUGAAUAUGCACAAGAAGCGAUAUCGAUGGCAGGUACCGCGAUAGGUAUAGUAACGAGCCAAGGGGUGAUAUUAGCGUGUGAAAAAAAGGUUACGUCGAAGUUGUUGGAUGACGAUGGUAGUGCUGAGAAAUUGUACAUUAUCAAUGACCAAAUGAUAUGUGCAGUUGCCGGGAUGACUGCUGAUGCAUCCAUAUUGGUGAAUAAUGCGCGUGUACAAGCACAGCAAUAUCUCAAGACGUAUUCUGAGGAGAUUCCGUGUGAGAUGUUGAUUAAGAGGGUGGCAAAUAUAAUGCAGGGGUAUACUCAGCAUGGAGGGUUGAGACCGUUUGGUGUUAGUUUUUUAUAUGCCGGAUUUGAUGACCGAUUUGAGUUCCAGUUGUAUACAUCGAAUCCAUCGGGGAAUUUCAGCGGGUGGAAAGCAACGAGCAUUGGGGCUAAUAACUCGGCAGCACAAACGUUAUUGAAGAAGGAUUACAAGGAAGAGAUGACAUUGAGAGAAGGUUGCGAAUUGGCGAUUAAGGUAUUGUCUAAAACCAUGGAUGCUUCUAAUUUGAAUAGUGAGAAGUUGGAGUUUGCCACAUUGAGCUUGGAUAAGGAGGGGAAAGUUUUGCAGAAGAUAUGGAGUAACGAGAAUAUUGAGGAAUUGAUAAAAGCUAGUGGAGUUUUGAAUGAUAAAAGUAACGAUGACGAAUAG